AAAUUUUGUGUUUUUGAAAAACAGAUUAAAAUAUUUUUAACGAAUUCAACUAUUUUGUACUUUUGUACUAUUUAUUAUUCUGUAAAUAUCACGAAUGUGAGCAUUAAACCAUAAGCGUUAUAAUUUAGUAUAAUACUUGUUCAUUGCUCUCUCAAUUAACAUUCACCAAUAGGUUGUAUUAUGUGCAUUUAAAUGGAAGUUAACAAAAUUUAUGCAAUAAUCAGAGCCUUUUUAAAAGGCGCCGUCGAUAGUGUCAAAGGAACGGUAUCUCUUUUCUAUUUAGAUGGAAAAAUAAGCGAGAAAGUAGCAGCGUCUGAGCGAAUCAAACGAACAGAUUCUGCACGAAAAAAGAAAUCUCUACCUUCGUCUAAUGUCAAAAACCCGAAAAUAUUGAAGAGAAUCAUACAGUGUUGUGGUCUAAAUGGCGGAGUGUUUUGGUUAAGUUUAAUUCUAUUCGAAUACGUGCUAUUACCAUGUCUAAACUAUUUAUUAGUUUCAUUGCUGGGUCAAUCUACAGUAGCCAGUACUGUGUGGUCUUGGACGACACCUGUGCUGUAUUGGAUAUUUAGCACGUUAUGGGUUAUGCCUUUAUUUCUACUGAGUAAAAUCGUCAACACGUUAUGGUUUCAGGACAUAGCUGAUUCGGCGUUUUGGUGUACUCAAGGACGGUCACAUUAUUUUUCUAGUUGCAGUAAAUUUAUCGCCGAUUCGUUGUUCAGUUUGGUGAUUCAAACUUUAUUUUUGUUACAAGCUAUGUUCGUGAGUUUAUUUCCAAUCGCUCAUCUCGGAGAAAUACUCAGUAUUGUGCACAUGUGUAUGCUAUAUUCGUUAUACGCUUUCGAAUAUAAAUGGUGUAAAUUAGGAUGGGAACUACACCAACGAUUGCUCUUCAUCGAAGCAAACUGGCCAUAUUUUGUCGGUUUUGGGUUACCAUUAUCUGUGCUUACAGCUCUUCCUCAAUCAUACAUCGUUAGCGCUUGUGUAUUUUCGAUACUGUUCCCAUUAUUUAUAAUAAGCGCAAAUGAAGCUAAACCGGUGACUAAAGUUUGUGAUGUUCAGUUGCAAUUAUUCUCUUUUGUGAUAACCUUAUCGAAUGGUAUUUUCAAUAAAACAGUCAAGAAGUCGACGACGCUCGCUGGUACACCUCUGAAAAAAAUCAAAUAAGCUUCGAUUAAAACGCAGUCUGAUUCAUACUUUCAUUUUGAUAUUUUUAAGCGGUGUUUUUGUGUUCCGUAAUGCUUUUAUUUAAAAAAAAAAUCAUAAUUUAACGAAUAACAUUUUACGUUUUUUGCGCAAAACGUAAUUUUUAUGGGUAUUUUUCAUAUUUAUAAUUGUAUUUAACUCGAACGCCAGCAGCUAUUUUAUACUGAAUUAAUUGUUGAAUAUUGCUCAUAAGGUACUUAAUAAAUUUUACGAGUUUUGUUAUCAAAUUUGCAUCAUGUUUUUUGAGUUUGAAGAUGUCGUGUUGUGAUAAUUGAACAUGUAAAACAUGAUAACUUACAUGAGAUGAGAUAUUACACAGCAUGUCAACAAUUCUAAAUUUAAUUCUUCACAACUUUGGUUAUUUUGAAUUCCUCUUCAAGAAGUUCGGUUUUCCUAUUAUAUAUAAAAAAAAAAAAAAAAAAAAAAAAAAAAAAUA